AGAACAUACCCAGUACCUAUUUGGAAAACAAAAUAUUGUUCAAAAAUAGCCAAAAAUUGAAAUUUCAUCAUAUAAAUAAACUGCUAUAUACUGCUAUUCUCGGAUGUAAAUUUAUUCUAUAACAGUAAGCAAAACUAAAACUACAAUGUCGGAACAACUAGAGUUACUUACAGAAAAUCCUUUGCAUUGGACGUCGGUUUCGUUUACCACCCCAGAGGUGCUCAAAAAGGAAAUAAAACCGUUUGUUUUAUUGGCUCUCAAAGAGUUGGAAGGUUGUCCCGACAGUCGGACAGCCAAUUUAAUGAAUGCUGAUAAGUUCUCAGCCGUCCGAGCAGUAGUCAGACAUGUCACUCGGCUCAGAUCUGCCACAAAUACUCCCUGGAACCCUAGAGAUAUGCAAACAUUCUUGGAAGGGCUCAGGUUUUCACCAGAGUGUGCAUCUGAGCUAUGUAAUCUACUGUGUACAGAUGAGAUAUAUGAACACAUACCUAAACACCUGAGGGUCAAGCCAGGAGUAGUGAAUUUACAAUGGAAGAUUGAUGUUUCACUAAGUCAAUCCAACAUAAAUUCAAGUGUUGCCGAUGAACAGAAGAGUAAAGAGAUUAUGCACAGGGAUACUAAAGUCAUUCUCAUACUCACAUUGACAAACGACGAGACAAGAAUAUACAGAUUAUCUAUUAGUAAGUUUCAUGAAUUAAGGUAUGUUAUAGCCAGUGCAUUGAAAAGUAUGAUUGUUCUGGAGAAGAGGAAAUGUAUGAGAAGAAACUGACAAAAGGUUGAUUGCAGUGGAUAGUCAUGUAUGAAAAUGAUCCAUCCACUUUUGUUUCAAGUUUAAAAGAGUCAUGGCCAAUUAUUUUUUGUAUGAAAUAGUAUGAGAUGUUAACAUAUUAACGCCUCUAGUCCACCGACGCUGCGAACUGCGAAAUAUCUGCGAAACCGAUGCGAAACAGGAAUGGAGCGAGAUGCAAUAUAACGCAAUACGUGGGAGAGCCAUGCUUC